GUCCUCCAUUAUCCAUUCUCUAAAGUCUGAUCGAUAGUCAUUCUCUCUCUAUUAGAAAAUCUAUAUUCACCGAAAAAUUCCAAAAGCAAUCCCAGAGAUUCUUCGCUUUGACUUGUGCGAUCUUUACACCAAACUUCAGCGUUCUCUGCUACACAUAUACCCACCUCCCCAUUUUCUCUUUUUCUGUCUAUCCAGAAUUUGCUGCCUUCACCAGAACUCCAAUUCCCUGCAAGCCCAUGUAGAGAAACACAGAUUCAUUAGCAAAACCAUAUCAACCAGCGAAUAUGAUGAGAGAAUUCCAGAUACCCACAAUUGCAUCUCUUCUGUUAAUACUUGUGGCGACCAUGGUAUUACCUGAUGCAUCAGUUGGGGACCCAAGAGCGCAGACUGUCGAAUUUAUGUGCGGUCACCAGCCUGAGCACAACACCACACUUUUUGUCCCAAAUUUUGUUGCUACAAUGGAAAACAUUAGCGACCAAAUGCGUAGCAAAGGUUUUGGAGUAUCUAUUACAGGCAAAGGACCUGAUACUAAUUAUGGGCUAGCCCAGUGCUAUGGUGAUCUUUCUCUUCUUGACUGCGUAUUGUGCUAUGCUGAAGCUCGUACUGUCCUUCCUCAGUGCUUUCCUUUCAAUGGGGGCCGGAUUUUUCUGGAUGGCUGCUUCAUGAGAGCAGAGAACUACAGCUUCUUUCAGGAGUUCAAAGGACCACAGGACCAUGCUGUUUGUGGGAAUAGAACAAGAAAGAGCUCAACAUUCCAGGAAGCGGCUAGACGGGCUGUGUUACAAGCAGCUACAGGUGCACCAAACAGUAAUGGUUAUGCACGUGCUGCAUUGCAGGUGUCUGGGACAUCAAAUGAGUCAGCUUAUGUUUUGGCUGACUGUUGGAAGACACUGAAUGCUAACUCUUGCAGAGCAUGUCUUGAAAAUGCUAGUAAAUCCAUACUGGGUUGCUUGCCUUGGUCUGAGGGCAGGGCACUCAACACAGGAUGCUUCAUGAGGUACUCGGACAUUAAUUUUCUCAAUCCAAUACAAGGAAGUGGAAGAUCAAGAGGGACAGUUGUAGUCAUUGUUGUUGCUGCAGUGAGUUCUGCAAUUGUUUUGGCUGUGGGAGCAAUCAUUGGAGCCUAUUUCUGGAAGAACAAAAGAAUACAGCAGAAGCGAAAAGGCUCAAAUGAUGCGGAGAAAUUGGUGAAAACUCUUCAUGAUAGCAGCCUGAACUUCAAAUACUCCACUCUUGAGAAAGCCACUGGUUCAUUUGAUGAAGCCAAUAAGCUGGGGCAAGGUGGAUUUGGAACCGUCUACAAGGGAGUUUUACCAGAUGGAAGAGAGAUUGCUGUUAAGAGGCUUUUCUUCAAUAACAAACACAGAGCAGCAGAUUUCUACAAUGAAGUUAACAUUAUUAGUAGCGUUGAGCACAAGAAUUUGGUCAGGUUGUUGGGAUGCAGCUGUUCAGGACCUGAAAGCCUUCUUGUAUAUGAAUUCCUUCCAAAUAAGAGUCUUGACCGCUUUAUUUUUGGUAAGUAUAGAUUAUAUAUCAAGGGAUUAGACAGUAAAUUUAACUUCAAGAGCUUCUUAAGACAAGACAUUGUUGAUUGUAACAGAGUAUUUGCUCCAUAUCACAUUAAUGUUGUUCUGGAGUUAAAUGACAAACUACCUUAUUUAACUGAUGUCACAGAUGCAAAUAAAGGUAAAGCACUUAACUGGGAGAAGAGAUUUGAGAUAAUUAUAGGGACGGCAGAGGGAUUAGUCUACCUGCACGAAAACACAAAGUGCCGAAUUAUUCAUAGAGAUAUAAAAGCAAGUAAUAUUCUGCUGGAUUCGAGGCUUCGUUCCAAAAUAGCUGAUUUUGGUUUGGCAAGGUCUUUCCAAGAAGAUAAGAGCCACAUAAGUACUGCCAUUGCAGGGACAUUGGGAUAUAUGGCCCCAGAAUACCUAGCUCAUGGCCAGCUGACAGACAAGGCAGAUGUUUACAGCUUUGGUGUACUCUUAUUGGAGAUUGUCUCUGGAAGGCAGAAUAAUAGGAGUAAAACUACAGAGUACUCUGACAGCUUGGUCACCAUUGCCUGGAAGCAUUUCCUGCAAGGGAAGGUGGAGGAGUUGUUUGACCCUAACCUAAUGUUGCAAAAUUAUCUCAACAUGAAUGUUAGAGCUGAGGUACUGAGAGUGGUUCAUAUAGGACUUCUCUGUACCCAGGAAAUCCCAUCAUUGCGACCAUCCAUGUCCACUGCAUUGCCGAUGCUGGCUAAGAAGGAUGAACAACUCCCUACACCCACGAACCCACCUUUUAUAGAUGAGAGUACUAUGGAACUCAAUGACACAUUUGAGAACCCACAUCACCCCUUCAGACAUGGUGAUUCUGCUUCGAAUGCCAGCUUGUCCCACAGUUCGUUCUACCCCAGGUGACAUCCGAAGAGCGUUUGAAACCCGUGGACUCGUCGAAUAAGCUAUAUAGCAUCAUCAUUGCAUCCAUCUCUGGGCCACUGAAGUUGCUGUCACUGGAGACGAAUAUGCACUAUUUCCUCCGUUCAAGUUUUCAAUGCAAUUGGAGGUGAGCUUCUGUUAUGAAGUGCAAGUAAAUGCCUACAUACCCAGAUUUGAACAAAUAAAAAAAAAAAAGGAAGAAUAAGACACGCAUAUUGAGUGAUUUCAUUAUAGAGGGGGCACAUAUGGAUUCGCGCUAGGAGAUACCAUCAUGAAUUUUGGUUUUGAUUCUUUACUUUAGAAAUCUUAUCCUUUUUGUACAUACUAGAGUUUUAAUAAAUCAAGCAUACGCCUUUUCUUGUAAAAUUUGUGUUUGUGUUUGUGACUGUCGCAAACUUCUUUGAGUGUGUA